AUGGAGAUGGAUGUUAAGGGAGUUUCUCCGUGCCCGGAGCCCAUCCCCCCGGCGGUGGGGUCUGGCGGCUGCCCGCACCAGCGCCCGCACCACCGCGAUGGGCAGCCCGCGGAGCCGGCCCCCGCUGCCGACAGCAGCCACCCGGAGCGGAAGCACAGCAGCGAGAAAGAGGACAAAAAGAGAACUACAGCCAGCAAGAUUUCUGGUGCUCCUUCCUACAGCAGAUGGUCCACUUCACAGCCCCAUCAGUCCAGCUCCACAGUGAGAACAUACCAAAACAGUAAAUCAAGAGUGACCAUGAGCCCUGGCUUCAGCUCCCAGUGGAAUAGCAGCCAGCCUGCUUGGAACACAUACACCUUUCCAAGAGCAAGCUUGCACUACCAGUCUCAUGCUAGCUACACCUACUGUGCUGGACAUCCUGCUCAGUCCUAUGCACCAGCUCCCCACCCCAUGGCUCCUCCCAGCCCCAGCACAAACAGCAGCAACAACAGCAGCAACAACAGCAGCGGAGAGCAGUUGAGUAAAACCAACCUGUACAUUCGAGGCCUUCCACCCGGCACCACUGACCAGGACCUCAUCAAGCUGUGCCAGCCGUAUGGGAAAAUUGUAUCCACAAAGGCAAUUCUCGACAAAAACACGAAUCAGUGCAAAGGUUAUGGUUUUGUGGAUUUUGACAGUCCAGCAGCAGCACAGAAAGCAGUGGCGUCUCUCAAAGCAAACGGCGUGCAGGCACAGAUGGCAAAGCAACAAGAGCAAGAUCCCACAAAUCUAUACAUCUCAAAUUUACCUGUUUCCAUGGAUGAGCAGGAACUGGAGAAUAUGCUGAAACCUUUUGGACAUGUCAUUUCCACCAGAAUAUUAAGAGAUGCUAAUGGAGUCAGCAGAGGAGUUGGCUUUGCCAGAAUGGAGUCUACAGAAAAAUGUGAAGUAGUAAUUCAACAUUUCAAUGGCAAAUACCUGAAAACCCCACCCGGUCUGCCAGCCCCCACUGAGCCUUUGCUGUGCAAAUUUGCUGAUGGAGGGCAAAAGAAGCGCCAGAAUCAAAGCAAAUACACACAGAAUGGAAGGCCGUGGCCUAGAGAAGGAGAGGCCGGCAUGGCUUUGACUUAUGAUCCAACAGCUGCUAUACAGAAUGGAUUUUAUUCCUCACCGUACAGUAUUCCAACAAACCGCAUGAUUCCACAGACAUCAAUCACGCCAUUCAUUGCUGCUUCCCCUGUCUCUACAUAUCAGGUCCAGAGUACUUCAUGGAUGCCUCAUCCACCAUAUGUUAUGCAACCAACAGGUGCUGUGAUAACACCAACAAUGGACCACACUAUGUCAAUGCAGCCAGCAAGCAUGAUGGGCCCCCUGACCCAGCAAAUGAACCACCUUUCCUUGGGCACAACAGGAACGUACAUGACUGCUGCUGCACCUAUGCAAGGGACCUACAUUCCCCAGUACACUCCUGUGCCUCCAACAGCUGUCCCUAUUGAAGGCGUUGUUGCUGAUACUUCUCCACAGACGGUAGCAUCUUCAUCACAGGAAGCCAGUGCUCAACAGCAACAGAUGACAGUGGAAACAUCCAAUGAACAUGCACCUGCAUAUUCUUACCAACAGUCUAAGUAA